AUGUGUACGGCGGGCGACGCGGCCAUCCGCGCAAUUCCACCGCAGCAAAAGAUCACCAGCGCCCCGACACUCCAACCAUCAACCAACGACGUCAAGAUGGUUCGCAAAGCAAUUGGCCUCCCCAAGAUGGGGACAAGUCCCCUCCCGCCUCUAUCCGAACGCAAGCAGAUCUACCUCCCCGAAUUUACCGUCGCCCUUGUCCGAACCCCCUUCCUCUCCAACCGCUAUGCUCAGUUCCGCGUCCCUCUCAACCUCAACAAACUCGACAUGCGCGACUACCUGGAGCGUGCGUAUGGCGUCGGCGUCGUGAGCGUCCGCAGCUACGUCCAGCUGCAGCCCAUUACCCGUAUCACCCGUGACGGACGAAACUUGGGCGCGUGGCGACGACCCAAGUCCGAGAAGCGCAUGACGGUCGAGUUGCGGGAGCCAUUUGUCUGGCCCGAGGAGCCCACCGAUCUUAGCCCAUGGGAGAAGGAUUCCUGGGAUUCUGGCGAACGAUUCCAGACCGAGAUGCGCCGUGAUAACCGCCAGAAGGGCGACGCUGCCGAGAAGCCGAACGAGAAGGUGCGAAAGGCAUUCAAGGAGCAGGCGGAGGAGUUGAAGAAGGAUAAGGAGGCCUGGCGGCCGACUUGGAAGGCGCUGGGUAUCGAUUUCGCGCACAAGGAGAUGGCUAACACGAGGGGCCCUGGCCUCCGUCCGCCGAAGUGGAUGAAGAAGCCUUGA